CAACGGUGGGUGGGCUCGCAACGGUGGGUGGUGCUGGCAACGGUGGGUGGGCUCGCAACGGUGGGUGGUGCUCGCAACUGUGGCGGACCCGAGUAAACCGGAAUUCAGCUGGGGACGACCACGGCACCGUCUACCCAGUCCACUGGGGGCCUGGGAACGGAUCUCUCCGGGCAUCGCAUGUUGGCAGUCGGUUUAAUAGCACCACCGUGUUCCUGUCCAUUGUGUGACAUGGCCGAGAGGAUACGCCGCUCGUCUUUCCGGGGUUUAAAACUGCGCAACUUGGCUGCUCAGAGUAGGUAGUCUCGUGAGAGGACGGAUAGCAACGAUUCGCAGCAUCCUCUAGCAGCGCCGGCACAAGAUCGUCAACAUGGGUAUCUUCCAAGACCUGCUCCUCCCCAAGCUCUCGCUGCUGAGCCUAUCCGACAUCCCGCGGGCGCUCGCCGUCGUGCUUGUCUCGGCAGCGUUGUAUAGGCUCUACGUGCACCCGCUGGCCCACGUGCCGGGGCCGUGGUUCGCGGGCAUAUCGCCGCUGUUCCUCUACCUCAUCUGCUACUUGGGCGUCGAGGGCCGCGUGCUGCUGCACUACCACAAGAGGUACUCGACGCCGGUGCUGCGUAUCGCGCCCGACGCCGUGUCGCUGUCGGACGGCGACGCGCUGCACGCGACCUACGUGGCCGGCGGCGGGCUGCCCAAGGACGCCCGCUACAGCAACUUCCGCAUCGAGGGCCACGAUACCAUCUUCUCGUCGCUCGACCAGGAGUUCCGCGACCGCCGCGCCAAGGCCGUGCUGCCGCUGUUCGCACCCGCAAGGAUCCAGGCCGCCUACGAGCGCGACGGCGCCGGCGGCCUGGCCCCGCUCGUGCGCAAGUUCAUCGCGCGGCUGCACGAAGAAAAGGCCAAGGGGCCUGGCGCGAGGGCCGACAUCCUCGACCUGUCGUCGCGCCUGUCCAUCGACAUUCUGACGGGCUACCUGUUCCACCGCGUCUACGGCGGCCUGGACGAGCCGCCCACGGCCAAGACGGACCCGGCGGCGGCCAAGCGGCUCAAGUACGCCGACAAGCUCUCGGCCACGCCGUUUGUGCUGGCUAUCGUGGCCUUUAGCCGCUUCUCACUGCUGCCCAACUGGCUGUUCACCUUCAUCUUCUCGUCGCUCAUCAACCGCGUGCUCGCCGACGACGAGGUCAACGCGUCGGUGCGCACCGUGUCGCACUUUCUCGACGGCGUCGUCGCGGCGGACGGCAGCGACAGCAGCAGCGGCAGCAGCAGCAGCAACAACAACAACAAGACGGCCAGCACGGCCGAGACCGACGCCGACACGUACCAGUCGCGGCUUCUGCGGGCGGGGGUCUCGCGGGCCGAGACGCUGGUGCAGUGCAAAGGCGUCGUGUUCGCGGGCGCCGACUCGACGGCGGUGAUGCUGGCGACGAUCAUGUUCCAUCUGGUGCAGCAGGAUGCGGUGCGGCGGCGGCUGGCCGACGAGGUCGCGGCGAACCCGGGCGCGGAUCCGCAGACGCUGCCGUACCUGCGCGCCGUGGUGCGCGAGGGCCUGCGCGUCGGCAUGGCCAACCCGACGCGGCUGACGCGCGAGGUCGGCGCCGCCGGCCUGGCCGUCAGCGGCUUCGCGCUGCCCCCCGGCACCAAGGUCGGCGCCGCCGCCUACGUCUUCCACCACGACGACGCCACGUACCCGGAGCCGUUUGCCUUCCGCCCCGAGCGGUGGUUGGCCGGCGAGGGCCGUGGCGCCGGCGUCAGGGACCAUUUUGCCUACGGACUUGGCGGGCGCGCCUGUCUGGGCCGCAACCUCGCCAACUGGCAGCUGUACUUGGUUGUGCGUGAGGUAGUGGCUAGCGGGGUGCUCGAGGGCGCGAGGACGUGCAAAGACAAGAUUGAGAUUGUCGAGUGGUUCAACGCCGAGAUCGAGGGACAUGUGCUGGAAGUUGAGUGGUAGGGACAUGUGCUGGAAGCUGAGUGGUAGGGACAGUGCUGGAAGUUGAGUGGUAGGGACACGUGCUGGAAGCUGAGUGGUAGGGACAGUGCUGGAAGCUGAGUGGUAGGGACAGUGCUGGAAGCUGAGUGGUAGGG